AAUGUGCUAAUUGAUAGGAAGCAACGCGCGCAAGGGAAGUUGUCGUCAUCGAAGUACUUCUUUCUGAAGGUGUCUCGUGAUUUCAUGAUAUCCCAAUGUAUGUUCUACACUCGAGACAAGCCGUGAUUAUUUUCUAGUUUUAGAAGUCAUAUAUUAUAUGAGAACAUUAGAGACAUACAUAAUCGACAGACUGUUUAUUUUAAACACUACAGUUUAAAUUCUUCACUGUGGAUCACCUUGGGAUAUUUGAUAUCUGUGACGCAAGUUUCCGAACUUACACACUUACAACGAUGGCACAAAAUUUCAGAACCGACACUACAGAUGAAGGUGGCUAUGGCGUUAACGCCUAUGGAAACGCUUUCUCGAGGUCAAACCAAGCAGGCCUGGAUGGCACAGGUGGCACUUUAUCUGCAAACUCAGGUAUACAUUCCAAACCAGAGGAUGGUACUCCACAAUCAACUUCCUCAACCGAACUUUCUGGUUUAGCAAAAGAGGAUACGCACAACUCAUCAUACCCAGGUGCUGCCCAUACCCUCUCAAGCCAAGGCACUGUCGACACAGAAUCGUCAAACACUCUCGGUGGAUAGCUAACUUUGUAUGACGUCAUAAUGCACUUCUCUACGAUUGUAUGAUUGAAUAUUAUCUCGCAUUAAUGUUAUUCUUGUUGUCGUUUAGCUUUUUUGUUUUUUGUGUUGUUAUUAUUUG